GUUCAGUGAAUAACGCUCCAGAGCAGUUACAGAAUUUUUUAACCUGGAGGACUGCCUUACAUACCCAAGAGCCAGCUCCCACCGAAACACUGAGUUACUUCAGUUAGCACAUUGUACCUCCUUAAAAUGAGCUUUCACAAAUAGGCUGCGAUCUAACUACUUUUGUGAGCAGAAAUUCAGACCUAUGACAUAAUAUUAACACCUCCCUGGUUCAUCAAGAGAGCUGGAAUCUGUAGAUUGACUGCACAGACUUCUGCUACUGAAGUUAAUGGAGUAAACUGGAGGAUAGGACACUUUGUCAAAGGGACUCUCAGAUAUUUGAGGUCAGCAGAAGAACGAGAACAAAUACAGUUGGAACUAGUAAUGCAGAUUUUCCCUUGGCUGAUCCCGGAAUGUACCAGUUGGACGUUACAUUACAAAGGGGUCAAAAUUUAGCAGCACGGGAUCGUGGAGGGAGCAGUGAUCCAUAUGUCAAGUUUAAAAUUGGAGGAAAAGAAGUGUUUAGAAGUAAAACUAUACACAAGAACCUCAAUCCUGUGUGGGAGGAAAAAACUUGCAUUCUUAUUGAUCAUCUGAGAGAACCAUUGUAUAUAAAGGUCUUUGACUAUGAUUUUGGUCUUCAAGAUGACUUUAUUGGUUCAGCCUUCUUGGAUCUCACUUCACUAGAAUUAAACAGACCAACAGAUAUCACCUUGACUUUGAAGGACCCUCACUAUCCUGAUCAUGAUUUGGGAACUUUAUUAUUAUCAGUUCUACUGGCUCCCAAAGAAGAACAGAGGGAAAUGACCAUGCUAAUGAGGAAGAGUUGGAAAAGAUCCAGUAAGUUUCAGCCCCAGAGUUUACGCCUGUCAGACAUGCACAGAAAAUCUCAGCUCUGGAGAGGAAUAGUCAGUGUCACUUUAAUAGAGGGGUGUGAAUUAAAGGCCAUGGAUGCAAAUGGAUUGAGCGAUCCCUAUGUGAAGUUCCGGCUGGGACAUCAGAAGUACAAGAGUAAGAUUGUGCCAAAAACUUUAAAUCCUCAGUGGAGGGAGCAAUUUGACUUUCAUCUCUAUGAAGAGCGAGGUGGAAUUAUUGAUGUUACUGUGUGGGACAAAGAUGCUGGCAAAAGGGAUGAUUUUAUUGGCAGGUGCCAGGUUGACCUGUCGGCUCUGAGUAGAGAACAAACUCACAAGCUGGAGUUGCAUCUGGAAGACGGAGAAGGAUGCUUGGUGCUGCUGGUCACCCUGACAGCAUCAGCUGCAGUCAGUAUUUCUGACCUCUCUGUCAACUCCUUGGAGGAUCAGAAAGAGCGAGAGGAAAUACUGAAGAGAUAUAGCACAAUGAGGAUGUUUCACAACAUGAAGGAUGUAGGAUUUCUACAAGUCAAGGUCAUCAGAGCAGAAGCAUUGAUGGCAGCUGAUGUCACAGGUAAAAGUGACCCAUUUUGUGUAGUUGAGUUGAACAAUGACAGACUGCUGACGCAUACAGUCUACAAGAAUCUCAACCCUGAAUGGAACAAAGUCUUCACAUUCAAUAUUAAAGAUGUCCACUCAGUUCUUGAAGUGACAGUUUAUGACGAAGAUAGAGAUCGGAGUGCUGACUUUCUGGGCAAAGUUGCCAUACCAUUGCUGUCUAUUCAAAAUGGUGAACAGAAAGCCUACGUCUUGAAAAACAAGCAGCUGACAGGGCCAACAAAGGGGGUCAUCUAUCUUGAAAUAGAUGUGAUUUUUAAUGCUGUAAAAGCCGGCAUACGAACAUUAAUGCCCAAAGAACAGAAGUACAUUGAAGAGGAAAACAGACUGUCUAAACAGUUGCUAUUACGGAAUUUCAUCCGCAUGAAGCGUUGUGUCAUGGUGCUCAUAAAUGCUGCCUACUAUGUUAACAGUUGCCUUGACUGGGAUUCACCCCAAAGGAGUCUGGCUGCUUUUAUGCUUUUUCUUUUGGUGGUUUGGAACUUUGAGCUCUACAUGAUACCACUUGCUUUAUUGUUACUAUUGACAUGGAACCACUUCUUGAUCCUGUCAGGGAAAGAUAAUAGGCAACAUGAUACUGUAGUGGAGGACAUGCUAGAGGACGAGGAAGAAGAGGAUGACAGAGAUGACAAGGAUAGUGAAAAAAAAGGAUUUAUGAAUAAACUCUAUGCCAUCCAGGAGGUGUGUAUCAGUGUCCAGAAUGUCCUUGAUGAAGUGGCUUCCUUUGGAGAAAGGAUAAAGAAUACAUUCAACUGGACUGUACCAUUCUUAAGCUGGCUGGCAAUUGUUGCCCUCUGUGUGUUCACAGUCAUCCUGUAUUUCAUUCCACUGAGAUACAUUGUCCUUGUCUGGGGCAUCAAUAAAUUUACUAAGAAACUUCGCAGUCCAUAUGCGAUUGAUAACAAUGAGGUACUUGACUUCCUUUCCAGAGUUCCCUCAGAUGUACAAGUGGUGCAAUAUCAAGAACUAAAACAAGAUCCCAGUCACAGCCCAAAUAAGAGGAAGAGAAACAAUCCUGGCUAGCCAACUUCAUCUACUGAGGAGUCUAACAUCUGCUGAGGCAAGAUAAAAGAAAAAGCCCAUGGCCUAGAAAGCAUUACUUUACUUAAGCUUUUUAUUUAUUUGCUUUUUUAAUCACAAUGGAGAGAAUUUGUAAAUACUGUACAAAGGCAUUUCACUGAAAAUAUAGUAAUACUGUACAGACAAAUUUGAUGAAGCCUUCACAUAUGGGUUAUGCUGUGUGGAAAGCCCGUGACUGAGGACAUAACACAAUAAAAGUACCUAAUGUAAAUUAAGUGGUAGAUGCGUAAUAUCUUUUGAUGGUAGAAGACACGUAAAACUAUUAAAAUUCAAGUCAUGCUGAUUAAAUUUGCCAAAAAUAUAAAUUAGAUUUGAAAAUGUAAGUGCAGUUUUAUUUGAACAUUAAUAUUUUUAACCAACAUAUUUCCAUUACAAUUUUUUGUUUUAUACCGUUCAAUGAAAACAAGAGUAUAAUGGAACUUACUACGUUUAGACCCUCUUAACUUCUGGUUCAGUGUAUUCAGACUGACUCAGGAUGCCUAUAAACUGAUGAGAAAUGCACCAAGUGCAAAUCUCUUAUUGGAGCUCCAUUAAUUGAAGAGAUUCCUGCCUUUAUCAUUCCAUUAUGAGACUUUAAAAUACAUAUAUAAAAAUACUGCCAGAUUUGUAACUGACUGCAUAUCUUACUUUUUAUACGUACCACUAAUAUUAAUUUGUACUAACUAGUUUAGUGAAGGAAGUACAUAGUUCAGUUGUAAAGAAGAUUCUGCCAAACAAAAUCAAUAUUGCUUCAGGUAUUCGACUAUGAACAUCAUUUGUGCACAUACAGUUGUUUAAUGUUAAACUGACAAUGUUUUUCCUUUCUAAUUAAUUACAAGGACAUAUUAAAAUACUUGAUUGCAUACUAUCUUACCUGUUACUAAUGACAUGCAGAGUAGAAGAAAAAUUCAGUGUGAUAAAAGUGAUGCCAGUUCUAUUUCUUUUUUUAAUAGAGACCUACCAUAACGCAUGAAAGUCUAUUUUGUAAAUUAAAUGACACACACAAUUUACAUUUCAAAUGUUUUAACAGCUAUUGUAUAAAUAAUACCUAGGGAUAUAUUCUCAUCUCUCUGCAUGGAGAAUUCUAUACCUAAAGUUACUCCCCACCUAGGUGUGUAAUACACAAUAACUGGAACCCUAAUUGUUAGAUCAAUUAUCAAAAUUCCCUGUAAUAUUACUGGGAGUAUUGACUGAGUAGGAACUGCAAGACUGUAACCACAAGAGAAAUUAUCUGUGCCAUAUGUUGUAGAGCAGCUGGCUUAUGUUGUGAUUGCAAAGAAAGUUGUAUUGCACUACUAUUGCAGUUAAAGUGUGUGCAGGGAAAUGCGUAUAUAUGUGCCUAAAUAAUUAACUGCAUUGCUCAUGAGAACUAAUUUGGAAACUUAGUUUUGUUGUAAAGAUAUGUUGCUAAUUUCAGUGUUUCCUAUAAUAGUUAUUUUGAUCUUUUCUGUUUGUAUAACAUGCCUGAAAAAAUGCCACUCCUAUUACCAUUCUAUGAAAAGGCUUUGACCUAAAUGUGCUUCAGUUAGAUCAUUGUUAUAGGAAUCUAUUUAAAAUGCACCUAUACCCAUCCUUUCACUGUUGGUUGCUGAAGAACAAUACACAAUUAAUGAAAAACUCCUCCAUACUUAAACAUUCUUAUUGAUGGGACUUUUGUUUGAAAUAGCUUUCAAUUUGAUAAACUGUAAAAAAAAUUUUGUCCCCUUAUCCAUUUGUGUGGACUUUCUCUGUUGUACUGAAAGCCUUGUAGUCGGUAUCAUCAGAUGUUGUGCAAUUUCCUAUUCUGCAUUUCUAAUAUUUAGUUCUGUGGUAACGUCUACCUUAUGAACAUUUACAGUAUUGUCCAGCUACACUGGAAAGUGGUUUGAGCUGCUAAUUUCAUUCAUGUGUGAGGUACUCUGAGCCAUUUAAGAAAGUGUGAGUAAUUCCAUAAGCAGAUAGGGAAGGGGCUUCCAUCAAUGUCCCCUCUUUGCUAUUCUUCUGCCCCCUUCAAAUGUGGAUUAAAUGGAGUGUGUGUGUGUGUGUGUGUGUGUGUGUGUGAGAGAGAGAAACUAUGGAGGACCUCUAUGGCUUCUGCUCCUUGGAACAAAUAGCUUUUUAAACUCCUUCACCAACCCAUUGAUUUAUGCAGUAUGCACAGUGGACAGCUGCGCCACAUUUACAUAGGCUAGGACAGUGGUCCCCAAUGUGGUGCCCAUCGGCACCAUGGCGCCUGCUGAGUGAGCAGGGCUGGUACAAGCCAUUCUUGUGCCCCGGGCAUGCGGCGCAUGCGCAGCCCCACCCCCGGGGGGGGGGGGGCGGCAACCCCAAAAGGUUGGGGACCACUGGGCUAGGAUGUCAUCCUUUAAGUUCUGUUUCAUGUUUACUGCCAAAGCCUCCAACCCUGCUGUGGGGAAGAUUACCCCCUUACCCCGCACACUUUACAUUAGCCUAUAUUUUCAGAAUGCACUCAGGGCACUGUAAUAAUUGCUUCUCCCUCCCACCUCAUCAGAUUGGCUAUUUCUCCACUUCUAAGGGAAGGUGCUGCUCGACUGACAUGGACCUAUCGGGUCUGAGAAUCCUCCCUAUCCCCUGGGCAGCAGCAGGUGAGGACAAAUGGGUCAGCCUCCAUCAGCUGACCUGCUCUGUAGCAAAAAGUCACUCUUGAGCUUGCUUGCCCUUAAAAUGCGUGCACCUUUUCCUAUCUAAACAGCCUCCACUGCUUAAUGUACGACAAGAUCAUUAAACAAAAACAUGCUGUCAAGUAUGUUAGAGAUUUGGCAGCAUUUUUGUUUGGUGACCUGUACUCUUGUUUUCUCAUUAAUUUUAUAUGCUGGAAGAAGCAUGGACUAGAGCUGAAUGAAAACUGCAGUACAUUUUUCCAGAUUAAAAUGAAAAGUAGAGAAUUACCACUUAAUAUUUUAAUGCUUCAGUCCAUCACAUGGUGCAAACAAAAUGUACAUAAGCAACACUGAUUAAAGUGCUUCAAGUCCAUGCUUUACCAUGAUAACUUUUUUAAAGCAAGUGCUUCACCAAGAUUUUUUGCUGACUUGCCAGUUUUGCUCUCAGAGGCUAUGUUUACACUACAGCAUUUUUUUUGAGAAACAGACUUUUUUCCAAAAAAAAGUCUUGUGUGCACUAAAAUCGUAUACUGUUGACAAAAAAAUUGAAACAGGGUUUUUUUUCCAACAUUGGUAAACCUCUUUCUAUAAGGAAGAAGCCUUUUUCUGA